AUGUAUGAGGCCGUUGACCAGGAACUCGACCCACUGGAAAAGUUUAACAUCAUUACCCCGGUCGAAUAUUCGGAGUGGGCUGCUCCGAUCGUCGUUGUCCGUAAAGCCAAUGGUUCCAUUCUAAUUUGUGGAGACUAUUCCCCGGGGCUGAACGCUGCACUCCAACCAAAUCAGUAUCCACUUUGCCUGCCGGACGACAUCUUCGCCAAGCUGGCUAGCUGUGGAAAUGGAUGGACAGUACCGAAAGUUUACCAUACGCAUCGUGACCCCUACUCCUACAACCACCUCCUGCCGGGUGUGAAGAUCGCACUUGGUGCGUUGAAGCAGCUCAUCGAUACAAUGCUAGCCGUCCUGCAGUGCACCUGUGGCCACCUCGAUGACAUCAUCGUCGGUGGAAAAACUGAAGAAUACCACGAUCGCAAUUUACGGGCAGUUCUAAAACGAAUUCAAGAUUUCGGGUUCACCGUUCGAGUCGAGAAGUGCACCUUAAGCAAGUAG